AUACUGUUUUAGAUGGAGUGUCCUCACCAAGACAACAGCUCCCAUAAUUCCAGAGUGUAUGACAGCACUGCGCAUGCGUAGAAGCUCUGGGCCAUUAUUUUGUCCUCAAGCUUCAAAUGAACAACAGGAGAAGCGUUUUCUUGAAAUGAAUUAAAUAUUCAUACGCGGAAGGAUCCUCUUUUUGGCCGACUUGUCUGUCGAUUCAAACAUACAUGGAGUCUUUGCUUCAGUAGCGGGUUGUGUCACUGUGCUGGUUCCGUCCAGCGGUGGACUUGAGGCCGAAACACAGCGCGGGGUGACAGCCCCGUUAAAGGCAGCAGAUUUGGGUGUUUAUCUGCUCGACUAGCCACCAGGCUCUGGCCUCGUAGACACAGCUACGACAGGAGACAGGAGGGGGGAUAACCCCGAGGGAGCGUUUGUAAAGUCCAGGAUAGAGAGACAGUGGCUGUCCCUGUCCCGUCCAGUCUGCUGAAGGGAUGGCACACCUUCGUGACAUGCAGAACCAGAAUUCCCGAUUGGACCCGGAGGAGUACUUUACCAAACAGGAGAGGAUCGGGAAGGGUUCCUUCGGAGAGGUCUACAAAGGCAUCAACAAUCGCACGAAGGAAGUGGUGGCCAUCAAAAUUAUCGACUUGGAGGAGGCGGAAGAUGAGAUCGAGGACAUUGGGCAGGAGAUCAAGGCGACGAGCCAGUGUGACAGCCCGUUUGUUACCAAGUAUUACGGGUCUUACCUGAAGGGGACCAAGUUGUGGAUUAUCAUGGAGUAUUUAGGUGGAGGCUCUGCCCUGGAUCUGCUUCGUCCGGGGCCUCUGGAAGAGACAUACAUUGCUACUAUCCUGAGGGAAAUCCUAAAGGGCCUGGAGUAUCUGCACUCUGAAAGGAAAAUUCACAGAGAUAUCAAAGCUGCCAACGUGCUCUUGUCAGAGCAGGGCGAUGUGAAGCUGGCCGAUUUCGGAGUGGCAGGCCAGUUGACGGAUACCCAGAUUAAAAGGAACACAUUUGUGGGAACACCAUUCUGGAUGGCUCCGGAGGUUAUUAAACAGUCUGCGUACGACUUUAAGGCUGACAUCUGGUCGUUAGGCAUCACUGCCAUCGAGUUAGCUAAAGGAGAGCCACCUAACUCAGACCUGCACCCCAUGAGGGUCCUCUUCCUCAUCCCCAAAAACACUCCUCCCACCCUGGAGGGUCCUUACAGCAAACCUUUCAAAGAGUUCGUGGAGGCCUGUCUAAAUAAAGAUCCUCGUUUUAGGCCGACUGCCAAAGAACUUCUGAAGCACAAGUUCAUCACACGUUACACCAAGAAGACGGCGUACCUGACCGAGCUGAUUGACCGCUACAGACGCUGGAAGUCGGAGGGACACGGGGAGGAGUCCAGCUCGGACGACUCGGACAUGGAUGCUGAUGGUGAUGUGGACAAUUGUCCCAUGUGGACCUUCCCUACAGUCAGACCCAGCUCUAUGAACAAGUUACAGAAGGGCUACACGCACACAGACUCGGAGUCGGGCGAUUCGGUGAAAAGACAGCCCAAGUCGCAGUGUCUCUCUGCGUUGGUCACGCCCAUCUUCAGAGAGUUGAAGGAAAAGCGGCGAGCGAGCGGCGGCGGCGUAGGAGCUAUUGAGGAGUUAGAGAACGCCUUCAACCUGGCUGAGGAGUCCUGUCCAGGCAUCUCUGACCGUCUGGUCACACACAUGAUGGAGAGAGUGUGCAGGUUUUCAUUAAACGGUAACACCACCCCGUCUUCACGGUGAAACCCCAGCUGGAUGUAACUAACCCUAACCCUAACCCAGUCCCCUCCACCCAUCUUCUCAGAUUAGGACCACAGAAGAACCUUCACCUCCCUCUCCACCUUCGACCCUCCCAUGUCUUGUAUCCCAGAAGAGAUCUUUUAAUUAGUUUUAAUUAAAUAUUUUUACAGUUUUCUUUUUUUGUUUUUCUUUAUGAGUGGAGAGUAUUUAAGAUGAAAAGCCAUGACAUGUAGAGCGUUGUGUACUAUACCUGUUAGAAUGAUAAGUAAAAAAAUAUAUUAAACUUUAUGAACCUGUU